AUGACAGCAGAGGUGGAAAAGCAGCUGGGCAGCCUGACCGUGUUCAGCAAGGAGGAUUUCGAGGAUGAGUGGCUGCGAGUGGCCAGCGGGGGCUUCGGCCACGUGUACCAGGUGAAGCACAGGAGGUGGAGGACGGUCUAUGCGGUGAAGUGCUCCCCGUACCUGCUGCAGGACUCCAGCACGGACAGGACCAGCAUGAACUGUCUAAUGGAGGAGGCAAGCAAGAUGGAGAAAAUCAAAUUCCAGCACAUUGUCACCAUCUAUGGAGUGUGCAACAGCCCCCUGGGGAUUGUGAUGGAAUACAUGGCCAGGGGCUCCUUGGAGAGAAUCCUCCCCACUCACAGGAUGUCCUGGCAGCUGAAAUUCCGGGUGAUCCAUGAGAUGGGCUUGGCCAUGAACUUCCUGCACAGCAUGAGCCCUCCUCUGCUGCACCUGGACCUGAAGCCAGGGAAUGUCCUCCUGGAUGGGAACAUGCACGUCAAGAUCUCUGACUUUGGGCUGUCCAAGUGGAUGGAGCAAUCCAGCAGGAUGCAGUACAUCGAGAGCUCAGCUCUGAGGGGCACCCUGAGCUACAUCCCCCCCGAAAUGUUCCUGCAGAACAGCAAACCCCCCGGGAUCAAGUACGAUGUGUACAGCUUCGGGAUCGUCAUCUGGGAGGUCCUCAUGCAGAAGAAACCUUACACAGGGGCCAACAUGAUGGCCAUCAUCGUGAAGGUGGCAGCGGGGAAGAGGCCGGGGCUGGAGCUGGUCAGGGACGACUGGCCCGGGGAGUGCCACCAGAUGCUCGACCUGAUGAAGAGGUGCUGGGACCAGGACCCCAAACAGAGGCCAAGCUUUGCAGAUAUCCCUGUGGAGACAGAUGUGCUGCUGGCUCUGAUCCAGAGCCUGGUGCAGGACCCGGAGAACGAGCGCCUGGUCAGGAAGAUGUCCCACAAACCACCCAUCUCCAGGAGCCAGCAGAGUGACAAAGAGGAGUUCGCCUUCCCCAGAGACACCAGGAGUGGGGGGAAGGACAAGCAGGAGGUUCCUGUCCCUGCUCCGUGCAGGGAGCCCGGCGGCCACGAGGAGCCCCAGGAGCUGGGCAGGGAGAACGGCCUGAGCCUGCUGCACCUGAUGGUCCUGCAGGGCAACGUGGGCAAGGUGCGCUUCCUGCUGGGCCGCCGGGCGGGCGUGAACAGCGCGGGGGGCUGCGGCUGCACCCCGCUGCUGCUGGCCGUGCAGCGGCGGCUCCCCGACAUCUGCGGCCUCCUCCUGGAGCACGGCGCCCACGCCAACGCGGCCGACGAGGACGGCUGGACCCCGCUGCACUUCGCGGCCCAGCACGGCGACGACCGCACCGUGCGGCUGCUGCUGGACCACCAGGCCCGAGUGAACGCGCAGGAGCGCGACGGAUGGACCCCGCUGCACCUGGCGGCUCAGAACAACUUUGAGAACGUGGCGCGGGUGCUGCUGUCCCGCCAGGCCGACUCCAACAUGCAGGAGGUGGAUGGGAAGACCGCCCUGCACGUGGCUGCCUGCUUCGGGCACGUGGGCCUGGUCAAGCUGCUGGCCAGCCAGGGAGCUGAGCUGGAGAGGAAGCAGAAGAACCUCAGGACGCCGCUGCACGUGGCUGUGGAGAGGGGCAAGUUCAGGGUGGUGCAGUACCUGCUGAAGAACGGGAUUUCCGUCAACAGCCUGGACCAGAACCACUACAGCGCCCUGCACCUGGCCGUGGUCAGGGGCAAGUACCUGAUCUGCGAGAAACUCAUCAAAUACGGCGCCAACGUGGAGCUGAGGACGGACAAAGGCUGGACCCCCCUGCACCUGGCCUCCUUCAAGGGCCACCUGGAGAUCAUCCGGCUGCUGAAGGGCAGCCACGCCCGGCUGGACGCCAAGGGCAGCAUGGACUGGACCCCCCUGCACCUGGCCACGCGCUACGGGGACGAGCCGGUGGUCGGCGAGCUGCUGCGCUGCGGGGCCGACCCCAACACGGCCGAGAGGUCCCACUGGGCCCCCCUGCACUUCGCCGUGCUCAGGGGCUCCUUCCUGAGCGUCAUCAACCUCCUGGAGAGCCGCGCCGACGUCAACGCCAGGAACAAGGUGGGCUGGACGCCGCUGCACCUGGCGGUGCUCAAAGGUAACAUGGCCAUCAUCAAGACCCUGCUGAAGGCGGGGGCCCUGCUGGACGUGGAGGACAUCACGGGGUGCACGGCCCUGCAGCUGGCCGUGAGGCACCAGAGGGACAACAUCAUCACCCUGCUCCAGGGCAAGGAGUCCUCGGGGAGCAAAGCCGGGGGCAGGACCCUGAACGAUGCCAAGACUGCCAGGCUUACCCCUGGAAGGACAGAUCUGUAA